UUCGUGAGUGAAGCCCACAAAUUUAUCUUGUGGGUUUCAAUUAAACAGUUUCAUAUUUGUAACAAUAAUAUGUGUUUCUUCCAUUCAACUCUCAUAAUUGACUAUUUCUAGCAUUGUGCUGCAUAUUCCAGCUGAAUAUUGUGGUUAAACUUUCCAGAUUCAUAUUUAUGGUGACAAAUUAGGAAUAAUCGAUGAAAAUGGAACAAACUACAAUUGUGGAUGGAUGAACACAAUAAUUGCAAAUCAAAUUAAGCCCUAAUUUAUGAUUCAGAUUCAGAUUACAAACUACAAUUACUGCAAUUCAAUAGCUCUUUUACUGAAAUCGCUACUUAACGUUGCCUGCGAAGAGGCAAAAGAUGAAGAGGUUGCGACGCGAGGAGACUGUCAUUGACGGCUCCUCAAUCAAAUUUUUGUUGGGUUAGAUGACGAUAAAAUUGAAAAUAAGAAUAAUAUAUGAGGAUAUUUUUGGUAUUACAAGCUAUUUUUAAUUGCCUAAAAUUCAAACCAAACAUCUGAAUUUGAACUAUAGAAAGCAUUGAAGUCAAACCAAACAAUAGAAAUAUUUCUCUCCUGCCAUGAAAAGGGAAUCACUAACAAGAGCCAUCCCAUUUCUUGAGAAACCAAAAAGGCCAAACCAAACCACUCCUAAGUUUUUAACUUCUCUCACGUUAUCUGCACCAGAAGCUCCUCCUUUUGUCGUCAUCUCUCUCCUCCUCUCUCUCAUUCUCUCUCUCCAUAUAUAUAUAUAUUUCUCUCUCUCAUUCUCUCUCUCCAUAUAUAUAUAUUGUGUAUCUAUUAACAUACACGGAUAUAGAUGCACAACUGCAAUCGGCAGAUAACGUAACGCAUUUGACACACCAAACCCUAGAAGCUGCGCCUCUUGUCCUGUUCGAAACCCUAUUUUUUGUGUGUAUCCUACAUUUCGCAAUCGCAUUUUCGAGCUCAUCGGACCUGUUGGAUUGGGGAGAAUCGCAAUUGCGACAUUUAAUCGGGAAAUUUGAUAUUCUGAUUGUUGAUUGAUUUCGGGAAAUCCAGUCCCGAAAAUAAUCGGCAAUUUGUCUCAUCUGAGCUUGAGAUUUUCGAUCGUUCGCGAGGGUUUUUUGAUUUUUCUGGCGGUGGAAAAUGGUUGGAGGUGGGAAUAGGAGGGAUGAGGGAUCGUUUACCGCGAGCAACACCAAUGUUUUUGCGGCGCUGGAGACUUUGAGGAAGAAGAAGAAGUCUGAUAAGGGGAGUAAGAGCAGUGGUGCUGCUUCUGGAAAAUCAAAGAAAGGGGAGGAGAAGCCGGUCUACUGGGCUCCAGCACCUCUGACAGUGAAGUCGUGGGCGGAUGUGGAUGAUGAGGACGACGAUGAUUACUAUGCCACCACGGCUCCUCCCCAGGCGAUGUGGGGUGGUUCUGGUGUGGAAAAAGUGGAUGAAACUGAGAAACAAAAUCAUUUGGAGGAAAGUGAGAGCGAAGAUGAGCUUCUUGAUGAAGGUGAUGAUGAUGUAGAAGAGGAGCCUGAACAUGAAACGGAGGUCGGAGAACCUUCUGAACCAUUAGUUGAAACACAGGUUGAACAAUCUCCAGCACCUAGGGAGACAGAAAGACAGCUUUCCAAGAAGGAGAGAAGGAAGAAGGAGCUUGCUGAAUUAGAGGCCAUUUUAGCCGAUUUUGGAGUAAACCCCAAAGAGAAAGCUGAAGAUGAGACGAAUGAUGUGAACAAAGACGGGAAAGAGGUGCAACUGAAUGGAGUUGAAGAGAAGAAAGAUAGUGCUGCACCUGCAGAAUCCAAGAGCGCAAAGAAGAAAAAGAAGAAGGCCUCCAAAGAGGCGAAGGAACCUCAGGACCAGCCCAAUACCUCAGAUGCUCCCCACGAACAAGACGAGACUGAACAAGUGGAGGGAGAAUCUUCUGCUGUUGAUGUGAAGGAGCGGCUCAAGAAAGUGGCUUCCGCUAAGAAAAAGAAAUCGAACAAGGAGGUUGACUCUGCCGCAAGAGCUGUUGCCAUGGAGGCUGCAGCACGCAGUGCAAAACUCGCAGCUGCCAAAAAGAAGGAGAAGAACCAUUAUAACCAGCAGCCAAUCCGGUAAGAAAAAAGUCAGAGCUAUGGAGCUCGGAUCAAAUGGAGAUAGAUGGGUUUCUGUGGUUAAUAAAACUCCGAGCUCUUGCCCUCUAGUUUUGCAGUAGACGAACUUCGAAUAUAAUUUUGCAUUUUGAACAUUUUUUAGUUUUGUUUUUUAUAUAUAUCGAGAAACCUUUUCAAUUGGUACUUGCUUGUUAGAUCAGCUGUAUCAUACAAUACCUCUUCUCUUCUUGCUGUGUAUCUACUUCUGAGUCUUGAUGAAUGCUGAAAAUUUCUGAUGAA